ACCUUAGCAGCCGGAACUCGAAAGCCGUUUGAUCUCCGUUGAGCCGGACGAAGUCCAAAAUCAUGGUGAAAGCGGUCGUCGGAGAAGAAACCCGGCUUCAGCUGGCGGAGGAUCGCCUGUCUCGGAGUUCACUCCCGGCGGAGGUGGGUUUGCUGAUAGGAAAGCUUAGCUUGACUUUAGAUCGAGGUUUCGUGUUUGAUUUAGUGUCGACCCCUCGGAACGAUGCCGGACAGCCAGCUUGUUCGCUCAUGGAGACCGCAAAAGAUGACAAGAAAAAAGGAUCCAAGUCGAAAUCUCAGCCUGCUGAUUCUUCCUCCUUGCUCAUUGACAAGGAUUGGGUCGCCGAACAUGCCCGCCAGGUUUCAAGGAUGCUGGUGGGUGGUAUGAAUGUGGUUGGCAUUUAUGUGUGGGCUAGUGAGAUCUCCUUCAAAAAUUCGACCAUGGUGCUUUGCCAGACAAUAAAGGCAGUAGCAGAAGCAGCGUCAAUGCUGGAGGCUGACCCGGAUGAAAAACUGCUUAUUCACAUAUGUUACAGUCCGAGGAGAUGGACAUGUCGAAAUUGCACGCUGUCCUCAAAUAUGACAUCAAGCAGCUUGCGGCCUUGUGAUUUUAAAAUGGGAAGGGUCUUAACUUCCCUUCAGACUUUCAAGUGCUUAUAUAAUUUUGAUCUUAGGUUGCCUAUAUACCAUGAGAGUGCAUCAACGUCACAAACACUUAGUGAUAAUCUUCGUCAUGGAAUUUCAAUUUAUGCAAUUGAACUAAGAAGUGCAAAGGCUAUGAUUGAUGGAAAACUGGUUGUUAGUGAUGAGACAUGCACAACAGAUGGUCUCCAUGAGGUUGAGUUGCUUCUACCAUUCACACAGGAUACAUAUAUUGGAGCAUGCAGCCAGAAAGAUAUCAUAGGUGUUCUAGUCUUUACUGGUUCUGUAUGUUCAUUUGCACAUUUGAACUCCAAGGAGCCUAUCUCACAGGCUAUUGCUGAUAUAAAGGGUGAUAUCAUCAGGAGUUUGCGAAGUAGGCUGGACAUCUUAUGUGACGAGGCAGAUGGACAUUUAAGCCCAAGUGACGAUGGAAACAGGGAAGCAAGUGAUGAGACAUUACGGAAAAAACCUGUUCCCCAACUUGUUUUGCACUCAUUGAGGGUUCACUCUUCUAUUGAAACAGGAAAAUAUGCAAUCUUCCAUUUCCGCGACGAGUUUUUGUUCCUUGGUUGAUGGGGACUUUCUUAUGUGAUUAUCUACAACCGUCUGAAACAUUUGAGGUUGUGAAAGACCAUUGUGUCGAGUUGAUGUCUAUGGAAGCUCCAAUUGACACCUCAAAAAUAUUGGAACCAGAAGCAGAAGCCCCCAGCACAAUCA